UAAGAAGAAACAUGUUUAAAACCCCUCUGUUGUCAAGAAAACAAAGCUAAUCUGUCAGAUGCUUUAUUCUUAUCUUUAAAAACUACCACUAUAGUUUAUAAUGUUUAGCUUUUAAUGUCAUCCGAAUUAGGUGCAUUUUUGUCACAUUAAUCAUUAAUAAGGCCAUGAGCUUAUGUUGUCAUACUUUAAAGUAAUCCUUUUACCAUCCUUUUAAGUGCCAGUCUAUUCCCCCACCACAGAGUAUUAUUUAUUGGCCAGUUGUAUUUGAAUUACCUCAUACAUUAGCCCGAUAGCCCUAAUCAAUUACCGUGUAAAUAUUGGCUCUAUCCUAUCUGAUUAUUUGGUAACAAAAUAGUGUCCGCUCAUUAGGCUGAUUGGUUAGUGCGAAUCGGCUCUUCGACGACAGCAUGUCUCCAUUGUGCCGGGACUUGCGGAUCUACCUGCGGCUGCUCCAUCUCCUGGGCAUGAUGUGCUGGCAGUUCGAUUCGGAGAGCUGUUCGCUAUCGGCCACACCUCCGGAUGAGCGAUAUGCCCUCCUAUACACCCUGGCCAUGCUGGUUGCCUCCACCGGCUGCUUCACGUUUGCCCACCUGCAGCCUCAGAUAUUCCACCUGAACGUCUACAACCGGACGGGCAACUUCUACGAGACCAUUAUCUUCCGGAGCACAUGCCUGGUGCUCUGGCUGCUGUACGGGAUUCUCUACUUGCGACGCCACCGCCACCGGCAGUUGAUCCAGGACAUGUUGCGCCUGAACCGGAAGUGCCUGGACAGAAGCGCAGACAAGCAGUUCCUGCACUACCUCGUACUCUACGGAGGGCUCACAGUACUCUGCUUCGGCAACUACCUGAGCGGUUACAGCCAAUCCGGCAUGGCCCCAAUCCCCUUGGCCCUUUGCCUGGUGGUGUACGUGUACGCCUUCCUGGUGCUCUGCCUCCUGCUUGUGUUCUUUGUCUGCCUCAAGAUGAUUAUGGCUGCGGGACUGUGUCACUACAACCGGCAGCUUAGCCUCAAAGUCCUGGCUUCUGAGCUCCAAGGCCGUCAGCGGAUCUUGGCCAUCUGCCAGGGCGAACUGGCCGACUGUUUUGGCCAGCUAAUGCUGCCGAUUGUGGCACUGGUCCUGCUGAUGGCCCCCUCUGGUCCCUUUUACAUGAUCAGCACGGUGAUGGAAGGCAAGUUCGAGUCGGGGGUAGUCCUUAGAAUGUUUCUCGUCUCGGCCACUUGGGGCCUGCCGUGGAUAAUAAUGUUGGUACUCAUGCUUCGCUCUAAUGGCAUUACGGUGGAAGCUAAUAAAACGGCAAAAAUAUUGGCCAAGGUACCUAGAACCGGCACAGGUUUGGAUAAAAUGAUAGAAAAAUUCUUACUGAAGAACCUUCGACAACAACCCAUUCUCACAGCCUAUGGAUUUUUUGCCUUGGACAAGAGUACUUUGUUUAAGCUCUUUACGGCAAUCUUUACUUAUAUGGUCAUCCUAGUACAGUUCAAGGAAAUGGAAAACUCGACAAAAUCUAUUAAAGUAUAA